GCCAGAUACUUCGUUUGGAGCUCUCUAUCACUUCUAAUUCCAUCUCUCCCUACAAUUAUUAUAUAUGCGACCUCAAGAGAGAAGGAUAAGUUUGAACUUUGUCGAAUAUUCACUAUUAAGCCAUGGAUGAAACUAAGAGAAUUGAAGAAGGCCUCAAUUCACCACUGAAUGAUGAUGGUAAGGAUGAGUUGAAGAAGCAGGAAACCAUUAAAACCAAAAGUGGAGAUUAUAUUAUUGAGCAUGACAAAGACACAAUGGCUAAGCCUGUGGAUGAACCCAUCCAUCAAAUAGAUGAACAGGAUCAGCCACUGGUUAAGCAGAAGACAAAGAGGGUUGCAACUCUUGAUGCAUUUAGGGGCCUCACCAUAGUGCUGAUGGUGCUGGUGGACGAUGCUGGAGGAGCUUAUCCGCGCAUUGAUCACUCUCCCUGGAAUGGAUGUACUUUGGCUGAUUUCGUUAUGCCUUUCUUUCUUUUCAUUGUUGGGGUUGCUAUAGCACUUGCACUAAAGAGAAUCCCCAAGAUAAAGGAUGCCGUAAAGAAGAUAAUCCUUAGGACAUUGAAGCUUCUUUUCUGGGGUAUACUUUUGCAAGGUGGAUACUCUCAUGCCCCUGAUGAUCUCUCAUAUGGAGUUGACAUGAAAUUUAUACGAUGGUGUGGCAUUCUCCAGAGAAUAGCCCUUGUAUACUGUGUUGUAGCACUAAUAGAGACAUUUACCACCAAGCUUAGACCCUCCACCUUGAGCCCUGGAUACCUAUCAAUUUUUACUGCCUAUAAAUGGCAAUGGUUUGGGGGCUUCGUUGCAUUUCUCAUUUACAUGAUCACAACCUUCAGUCUCUAUGUUCCGGAUUGGAGUUUUGUGGAUCAUGUUAACGGCGACCAACCAAAGAGAUACACAGUUAUAUGUGGGAUGAGAGGACACCUAGGACCUGCAUGUAACGCUGUUGGGCAUGUGGAUAGACAAGUUUGGGGGGUUAACCAUCUUUAUUCUCAACCUGUUUGGAAACGCUUGAAGGCAUGCACAUUCAGUUCUCCAGACGAAGGUCGUUUUCGUGAAGAUGCUCCAAGUUGGUGUCGUGCUCCUUUUGAACCGGAGGGCUUGUUGAGUACCAUAUCAGCUAUCCUCUCUGGCACUAUCGGCAUCCAUUAUGGGCACGUCUUGAUUCACUUCAAGGGUCAUUCGGAGAGACUGAAACAAUGGGUAUCAAUGGGGUUUGUGUUGCUCAUAAUAGCCAUCAUACUUCAUUUUACAGAUGCUAUCCCACUUAACAAGCAACUCUACAGCUUCAGCUAUGUUUGUUUCACAGCUGGAGCAGCUGGAAUUGUCUUCUCUGGAUUCUACAUACUGAUCGAUGUUUGGGGGCUUCGUACUCCAUUCUUGUUCUUGGAGUGGAUAGGAAUGAAUGCUAUGCUAGUUUUUGUGAUGGCAGCCGAGGGCAUCUUCGCAGCAUUUGUAAAUGGCUGGUAUUAUGAAGGUCCAAAUAACUCACUAGUACAUUGGAUCAAGAAGCACGUGUUUGUCAAUGUUUGGCACUCAGAGAGGGUGGGAACUAUCUUAUAUGUCAUCUUUGCAGAAAUCACUUUCUGGGGGGUGGUUGCUGGCAUCUUGCACAAAUUAGGAAUAUACUGGAAACUGUAAGCUGCGACAAUCAGUUGUAUUAAUGGUCAACCUGCAAUUGUUAUUCCUUUAUUCUUCAUUUUGCCAUUUGGUUCAUUGUACUCUACAUUCAUAUUGUCCUAAAUCCUAAUCACUUUCUC